AUGCGCCCGCUGAGCAGAGGCCGCGCGUCCGAGCCCGCCCCGCAAGCCGAGGGGCGCCGCGCCUCGGCGGCGCGCUCGCGCUCCGGGGGUGGGGAGGGCCGAGCCCGGAGGGCGCGCGGGCCGGAGCGCGGCGGACGCUGCCCCUGUUCCCCUCCCACGCACGAGCGGCCGGCAGCGCGGUGGCCCGGCACUGUUCUUGCCGAAAGCCGCGUCUCUCAACGGAGCAUUGCUGCCGCCUACACACCCUCGCCAUCUUCUGCCGCCCGCCCGGCCCAGCCUCCGCCGCGGCCCGCGCACGCCCAGCCGCGUCGCGCCGGGGCCGCGCACGCACCCGUGGCCCAGGCGUCGCGCUCCCCCGCCAGGGGGCGCGGGCUCAGCGUCCCACGUUCCAGCAGCCCUGGGACAGCGCCUUCCUACGCCGGCGCCCGGUCCCCGGGCCGCCCUCGCUCUCCAGCGAGGCCCCGGCGGCCCCAGCCCUCCCCUGAGCUUUUGGGUUUUAAACUAGUCCCAUCUAUCACUUCCUACCUGCCUAUCGCCCGGCACCAACUGUUGCAAGUUCCGCAGCAUUGCUUCUCGCAACUUCUGGGUCGAAACUGCCCCUCCCGGGGGCGCCUUGGAGAAGCAGAAUGCCCGGAUGCCCUUGGAGGCACUGAGCCCGGAGGUUUUCAAAGAAGCCCAGACAAGUCAGAUUGCACAGCAGAAGGUAUGGGUCCACAGAAGCAGCAGGCACAAGCCGAGAGACAAGUUUCCAAUUCCCAACACAAUGCUAUGUCCACCACUCCACUGUGCAUCUCUGUCUCUACUUCAUUUAUUUAA